UGUGUGUGUGUGUGUUCAGAGGGGACCACUCUGGAGGAGCAGGUGAGGCGGAUUAAAGACAUUGAGGCCAUCGAGAGCGACUCUUUUGUUCCUCAGGCUUUCAAAUCAUCCCGAGAGACUCCAAAGGCCUCAGAGCUGGUGGAGGUGAAGAAGGAGUCGGUGAGUUCUGAUUGGUCUGAGCAUCAAGCUCCUCUGCCUACCACCAUCGUCUACAACGACAACGACGGAGACUCUCUGGCACACCCCAGCUUGUUCCUGGAUAAGGAGGAGGCCGAGGAGCGCUGGCUGAACAGACUGGUGGCCCUGCGCCAGGAGAGGCUCAUGGGAAGCCCCGUGCCCUGAGGCGGACAGUCAACCACACCUUCCUCGGAACCAGACUCGGAACCCAAACUGCAGAACCCGGACCACAGAUCCCACAUUCUAGAAUCGGAACUCCAAUGCAAGACGGCAGAAUUCUGAUCACAGAUCCUGAAAAUGCAAAACCAUAUCUGAGAGCCUGCACUGAAGUACCCUCCUCUGAGCUCUCUCCUGCCCUGUGUGAAAAGGUGGGUCAGUCUGACCAACUGGAUCAAAGUCUGACAAACUGCCUAGAUGUCUCAGAAAGAAAACCCCAAUGUGUUUACCAUAUUAGCAAUAGUGGAAGUAGGAGUUUAAUGAGUUAAUGAUAACAUGGUUUGAGAGUAGACUGGCUCCAACAUUUAUUUGAGCGCUAACAGAAAUACCCUAAUCUGUCUGUGACCCAGCGUGAUUUUGAGAUCAUUAUGUCUUUUAUUUCAUUUUCUCAAUAAACUCUUUAAAAACCUUUA